AUGCCCUCGCCAGAACUUGAAUUCUCCCUCUUCCCCUUAGCUGCUGCGUCACCUUCCCUACUCGUCUUACAUUCUGCAACGCCCAGGGGCCCACGUGAUCUACGGAAUGGCCCACGCCGGAAGAAGCAAGACGACUCCCUGGUGAGUCAGGAAUGCCGUAGUCGGCAUCUGAAAUGUGACGGAAGAAAACCCGUGUGUCGCCGAUGCGAGCAAUCCCAGGCGUCUUGCGUCUGGGGCUUGCCUAAAAUCCGCUUCCGUCAUGGGUCGAGUGCCAAAUACGAUGCAGACUUUGCCGCGGACCAGACGUGGCUGAAUUCCGCACAAGAGGUGGACUACAAGUACGUUGAUGAAACGGCAGAGAUAGCUAGCUGCUAUACUACUGGUACUACCCAAUAUGCACCACUUCCUUGGGUUUCGUCACGGAUCCACAGUUUAUCGUCUGCAAGCAUCCAGCCAUCAAUUUCGGACUCAUACUCUACAAACCAGGAAACCUUGUCACAUUUCACAGAAAACAGCCCAUCUUCACCACGGCAACAACGUCAUUUUGAUCAAGAAAAAGAAUAUGACCAGCAAUCCCUUCAAGUAUCCACAGCAGAUGGAUACUCUAUUACACCCUUAUCUCCAUUACAUCCCCAGUCACAUUUCAGACUGCUUGAAUUGAAAGAAGGUACAUCGGGGCUCAACGAACAACAUCGGCGCGUUUUACCGCCUCCGUCUUUGGAUCUUCAGGAAGCAUCCCUCCUGCGAUAUUUUGUUCUUCAACUUGCCCACUGCUUCGAUCUAUGCGACAGUGAAAGACAUUUUGCGUUGACAGUUCCACUGCGGGCAAUGUCUUCGGCUACCCUUCUCAAUGCUAUUUACACUACAUCUGCGAGACAUAUAAGCCGGAUCAAGAAGUACUAUGUUGGGGGCCAAAUAAAAUUCCAGAACAACAUACUUCCGAAUUUAACACCAGAAUCCGCUCUUUUCUACCACAAUAGAUGUAUUCAGCAUUUAGUAUCUCUUUCAGAUGAUCCUAUGGAAGUCAAUGACGAAAAUCUUCUUGCAGCUACCGUUAUACUUCGCUUCUACGAAGAAGUCGACAUUCCGACCGUUGGUGAAGACAAUGAAAAUGCCCUGAAAGGCAUCCGACUAUUCCUGAAUCCGGACUCGAUCUCAGCAACUGAAGGUACCUCGCUGCGUCGUGCGGCCUACUGGAUAGCUCUUCGACAAGAAAUUCUUACAGCAUUCUCUAAACAAAGACCAUUGCGGCUCUCACUAGAGCCUUGUAGAUCAUAUCGCACGUUUCAACCUGUUGAUGACUGUGGCUGGGCCAACCGACUGAUUCUACACUGUGCUUAUGUGAUUCAAUAUUGUUUCGGGACUGAGAAAGAGGGUCCCGGCCAGGAUUCUACGGAGUACACGACCAUCACUCCCCGCAUCUUGCUUUCACUAGAAGGUAAUGAUAUGCCUAUGCUGGACGCAGGCACGGCGCCCCCCGAUCGCUUUAAACUCUACGACGAUCUCAUCGAAUUCGAAGCUCUCUGGGCAUAUAUGGCCCCACCUUCUUUUUCACCUAUUCACUCCCGUGAACCUGACAGGGAACAAGGAAAGGUCUUUCCCGAAUACUGGUACCUCAACAACUGCCAUGUCACUGGAAUUCAGCACCUAGAGCUUGCACGUAUCCUUCUCGCAGUGCACAAUCCACGAUUACCUCGUUUGGGGGUUAGUCACCGCAUAGCUAUGACUUCUGCGGAUAGAGACGUCAAGGCUGCUGUGCUGCGGUUAUGUGGGAUGGGUCUAUCGAAUCCACAUUGCCCCCCUACCCUUGUCACCGCGGGUGUUGCUAUUGGUAUGUGUGGUGAUAAAUUUUCAGACAGAGUUGAACAGGAAGCUUUAGCCGGGGUCCUUUCUAAACUUGAGGACGAGCACGGCUGGCCUACAGAGCAAAUGCGGAUUAGUCUUACACAAGCGUGGCAUUGGGAUGGUAAUAAUCAUACUGCACUAUCUUGA